AUGGCACGCAGUUUACGGUACCAUUCGAGUGAAAUGGCUAGAAAUGGCGGGCGGCCCAAACAGAUGGCGCCCGGUGUGAUUUAUUCAGGCCCAAUGGGUCGGUUUCCGAUUCACGGAUUGGUCCUGGUCCUGUUGAUGUUGGUCAGUAGUCCAGGAGUUUUUGGGGCGCACUGGGAUCAUGCCGUCUUUCUGGACGACGACUAUCGGUUACUUUGGAGUAUAUCCGGUUACGACAUCACGUUCGAGGUCCAAGCCCGGACCCAUGGCUACAUCGGCUUGGGUUUCUCCAAGGACGGAACCAUCUACGGGGCGGACAUCGUCAUCGGCUGGGUCGAUCAAGGACAAGUUCAUUUUCAGGAGGUAGCACCUGUGCCACCAACUCCUCCAGUUCCUGCUCCACCACCACCACCAACUGCUGCUCCACCACCACCUCCACCUCCUCCAACACCACCCAUCCCAACGACAACCGAAGAAGACGUUGAAAACGUAUCGUACGAUAUCGAUAUCCGAGGAGAGUUCAACGACACUGAAUCCACCAGACGACGAAGGCAGUUGUUCCCAAAUCUUUUUGGACAAAUUGGCAACAUCGUCCAAACAAGUGUAAAUUUGGCCAACCCUGCUCUCUACCUGCAACCUAACAACCAAGGAUCUCCUCUAUUCGGAGGCUUUGGACAGAGACCAUUUGCCAACGCCCCAACAAACCCUUCACAACAAAGACCUCAACCAAACCAAAUUCCAUCAACAUUUGCUCCAAUCCAUCAAAAUCCCACUACCAACAUUCCUCCAACAACAACUCCCGCCUUUAUUGCACCCCCUCCACCGCCUCCAAUUCCUGCCCCACCAACCCCGGAACAACCGCCGGAAACCUUCCCGGAGCUCAACCUUCAGGAGCUUGGCAACACCGACUUCACCUGGACAAAGGAUAACAUCGGUGCCGAACAAAACCAUCAGCGAUUUCGACGAGAUAACGAUGCCAUCUUCUUCCCCGACAACGACGAUGAUGAAAAGUUCCAUCCAGUUUUGAUGCACAACAAAAACCCCCAUUUCAACAACCGCGUCCCGACCGGAUUCAACAGUGGUUCCCAAGCCGGUUCCCAAGCUACCUCCAACAACGUAGCAAACGGCUUCCAGCAAAGCAGUGGCUCCCAAUCCAACUCCCAAUCAAUCCAAAACAGUCUCGGAAGCUUCAACCAAAACAACGCCGGUAGCACCUCCGGAAACAUUGCCGUCGACGGAUCUUCCGGUCAACUUUCCGCCGCCAACACCCAACAGCAGAGCUUCCAAACCGCCGAUUCCUCUGGCAGCAAAAACUCGGCCCAAAGUCAAUCGGCCAAUUUCGACAAAAACGGUAACCUGGCCCUAACCAACUCCAACGCCAACACUAACUCAAUCCGCGAAAAGGAUCGUUUCAAGGAGCAAUCGAACGCCGGAUCUUCCUCAUCCCUCCAGAAUCAAUUCGGAAGCUCAUCCAACAAAGCCCAAUCCAAUUCGGAAACUUUCUUCGAGAACGGCAUCCACGGCAAUAAGAACACAGCCUCAAGCCAAUCCCUGCAGAUCAACAAAGACGGAUCCGCCUCGGGAUCAAACUCCAACACCAUGAGUGGCACCUUCACCGGUCCAAACGGGCUUCAAGGAUCGUCCGCCUCAAGCCAAUCGUCCAGUUUCAACCAAGGUGGAAGCGUUGGGGGCAAUCGAGGGGCCUCUUCGUCGGCUUCCAGUUCCGCCGGGUCGUCGACCGGUGCAGGAAAUGGAUCCGGAGCGUUCAGUAUUAGUGGGUCAUUUAGUGGGGCUUUGCCACCAGGUUUUGGGGUUUUCCCCAACAUAUUUCAAAACCUGAAUCAGGGAUGAAGUGAGUAGAUGAGUAGCUUUAGCGAAUGCACUGCGUGGAUGGAAUAAUAAAGAGUGAGAGAGAUAUUUAAAUUUUAA